UCUGCAGAGUACUUACACAUAGUAUAUCUCAAAUGCACCAUUGAAGUAACGGGCCUUAAUCCCAAGACAUAAAAGCGUAUAGGGCAAGUGGGGCAAAGAUACCUGGAAUCAGAAUUGGAAGUAUACAUCAUGACAUCAUGUGUUAAGAGGCUUCAUGCUUGUGUGGAAACAUGGGAGCUUUGCGUGCUUGUUGCAGAGCUGUUUAAUUAAGAAAAGAAAAAGAACAUUUGGUCAGAGCAGUAGACAUGCAUGACUCUAGUGCAUCAUUUCAGUAAAAGCAUUUUCACCAAACCAAACUCAACCAUGAGAAAUAAAGACGACUCAAUUGUCCAGGCAUCAUUGUUGAACUUGUGAUUUGACUACUCCUACGAUGUACAGUCAGGCCAUUCGUUGUAGCUGAAAGAAAGCACAACGUAUACUCUUAUCGAAUAAACACAAAAAAAUGAGGCAUGCAUGCCCGCAGGGCCAUAGGAGAAAAAAACACGGUAUCAAAGAAGAGAAUGUUAGACCAGUGAACCGUUCCAUGUCAGGUCGUACACUGACCGACGCGAAGAUCACUCUCUAUCCAGUUCCUGCUGAAAAGUAUCGAGUAGAACUCUGGGAUUCGGGGCUGGGCAUGCCGCAACGAUCCUGUCCAGCUCACGCAGCGACGGCAGCGGUGGGCUAUGAAGAUAAAAACUGGAACGGCAACUAGCUGACAGAGUUGACGGACUCAAGGUCUUCGCUCCAUCUGCGGUCAAGCUUGAGAUAAGGCGUGAGGGUUUCAGACCAGGUGCAAGUGUGUGUACGUGAUGACACCGUGGAAGUGCUCUCUAACCCAUGGGGCCUCAGCCAGCUGCGCAUCCAGCAUCCAAUCUCACACUUCCCAGCUCACAUACCACAGCAAAACCCGGCGAAACCAUGCACCAAGAAAGGCCGCCCUUCUGUGCGAUCCGGACGAGCAAAGGUAACGAGGGCCUCGUGUCUCCCAAUCGACCGGCGAGACGCGCCAUGAUCCUGCUACUGGCCUUGCUGCUCAUUUCUGAUGGAGUUGGCACUGCCCACUGCUCGACAGUCUCCGGUAACAGCACGGACAUGCUCUCGCUGCUAGAUUUCAAGCGGGACAUCACCAAUGAUCCAAGGCAAGCCUUGGGCUCUUGGAACGCCAGCAUCCCCCAUUGCGAGUGGAAGGGCGUCAACUGCAGCCUCACGCACCCAGGGCGAGUUACUGUGCUAAACCUCACCGAGCAAGGGUUGUCAGGUUCGAUUUCCCCGUCCCUUGGGAACCUGACGUUCCUUGAGACACUGGACCUGUCCACAAAUAGCUUCACCGGCGAGCUGCCUCCUCUUGGACGUCUCCACAGACUGCAACAACUUUUGCUGAGUAAAAACUCUUUGCAAGGGAUCAUUCCAGCUACACUUACAAAUUGUUCCAACCUAAGUUACUUAGACCUAUACGGUAACUUCCUGACAGGUGAAAUUCCACUCAGUAUAGGCUUGCUCUCCAACCUGUUGUGGUUACAGCUUUCAGAAAAUAAUAUCACCGGAACGAUCCCACCAAGCCUGAAAAACAUCAGCCAGUUAGAAGCAAUCGAUCUUGCAGAUAAUCAACUCAUGGGUAGCAUUCCCCAUGAGAUAGGACAAUUUCCAAGUAUGAUGGGUUUGGUACUCGGUGGUAAUAUGCUAUCAGGUAGAAUCCCAACAACCGUGCUUAACCAGUCUUAUCUACAAAUUUUAGACUUAAGUACCAAUAUGAUAGGGAGCACAUUGCCGUCUGAUUUUGGUGAUACCCCCCCAAGUCUCACAUUGCUCUACUUGGACUAUAACAUGUUUGAAGGUUAUAUCCCAGCUUCUCUGGGUAAUACUUCAGGGCUAUCAGUGUUGGACCUAUCAUAUAACAAAUUGACAGGUCAAGUUCCAAGUUCUCUUGGUAGGCUUGGAAUGUUGAACAAUCUAAACCUUCAGAAUAAUAAACUUGAAGCAAAGGAUAUUCAAAGCUGGGAAUUCAUAGAUACGUUGAGCAAUUGCAGAUCUCUGCAAGUUCUUGCACUAGGUAAAAAUCAGUUAAAAGGAGCUAUCCCAAGUUCUAUUGGUAACCUGUCAAGCAAACUUCAAGGACUAGGAUUAGAUGCAAACGACUUGUCAGGGACAAUACCCACUAACAUAGGUAAUCUUAGCGGCUUAACAACACUGGCUUUACGUGAAAACAAGCUCCACGGAUCCAUUGAAGGAUGGGUUCGAAAUCUGAGGAAUCUAACGGUUUUAGCUCUUGACGGGAAUAACUUCACUGGCCCAAUACCAACCUCUAUCAGUAAUCUUGCAAGACUGAAGAAGCUCUAUCUAGCAAACAAUGAAUUUGAAGGUCCAAUACCUUAA